AUGAAAGGAGCUAUUUCCUCUUAUGAUUCUGAAGAUUCAAUCCUGAGAAGAACAAGAAUAUACCAAGAGUACAUGAAGGUGGUCCCUAUGCCCACACAACGUGGCUUUGUUAUCCCUUUCACCUCAUGGGUUGGAUUUGCUGCAUCCAUGAAUGAGUUCUAUGGGCAACCCCUACAUUACCUGACAAAUGUCCAAAUGAAGAAGUUUGAUCAAAUGAGGCUUGGUGCUGAUAAUGAAGAUGUUCCAUUAGAUACCAUCAUCGAUCUGGGCAAAGCUGAAGCAACCAUCUGGAUUAUUGAAGAAGUUCACAGGUGUACAUCGUCUCAUCAUUACAUUACUAAACUUUGGCUUGCUGAUACAAUGUAUCAUCGCCAUGUUGAUGCAAUUUUCCCUGAGCUGCCGAAUUCAUCAAAAUAG